AUCGAAUAAAAUAUUUUUCAAUGUCCAUUGGCCAUUUUAAUUUUCCCUUGACACAUGUCACAUAGGGUAUUAUUUAAAUUAAAAAAAUCUUGAUGUACAGGUAUUAAUGUAUUAUGUAUAAUAGCAAUAAUGUGCAUGUAAUGGUACUCAAACUUUAAGUCCCUCGUUAUCGUUAGUCAAACGCGGCAAAACUGCAACUACAAUAUAACUUUAUUAUUCUUAUUUGUGCCAUUCUUGCCCCCCUUGGCACUGGUGUCCCCAACACCUUCUGGUUAGGUACAUGGGUCACGGGUACUGCUUGUACAGUGGCGGUGAGGGUGUUAGUAAUCAGGUGGGAUAUCCUCUCUGCCACUACGGUGGUUUCGUGAACGGGCCGAGCGGGGAAGUACGGUACGUAAUGUUGGAUUCGGCGCUCUGGUGUUUUGAUUUUAGGGUGGAACCUCCGUACGGACAGCGGUACAAGAAGUGCGUGUUGUGUCUCCAAAAAGCUCAAUACACAUCGCGUUGUGGUUUAUUAUGUCGACGGUAAAAAUACUAAUUCGUUCAUAACGCAUUCGGUGUAAUGACAAUAAUAAUUGUUGAAAGCAAACAGUUUCGCGUGGCUUGUAGGGCGUUAGUACAGUAGGUUUUUUUCUACUACUACUAUUAUUAUUAUUAUUAUUGAUUUUUCAAUUUGUCGUCGGGUUGCGCGGCAGUUGAUGAACGCUUUCUCGUAUCGUGUACAACGUGUCCGUUCGUAUUUUCGUGAUGGUUUGUGCGUUUACGUAUUCGUUGAUAACUUAUUUAGAUUAUUCAAUUAAUGUUGAUUCUUUAUACGCGUUUUAAAAUGUUGUUUAAUUAAAAAUAUAUUAAUAUUUUGCGAAUUCUAUUCACUUAUAUAUAUUAUAUUUACUUAUUAAUUUAUCACCAUCAAUAAUAAUACAACGUGCCACCCAUGUUCUAUCAAUUGCUUGUUAAUGAGAUUCGAUAUUCAUGGAUGAUCGGAUCAAUUAUUAUUGAUAUAUUUUUCUAGUUAUUUAUCAUUAGUCACUAGUUAAUUAUAUGCGAAUAUUUGGUUAUUUUUUCUUAUCAUAUUCAUGAACUAAUAAUAAAUUUUUAAGGGGUAGAUAUUUUGGUUAUAUUUUUAAAUCAUUACGUUUUUCCGAUUUAUUUAGCUUUACUCUUGCUGUUUUUAAUUCAACAAAACUUAAUUAUAUUUAAUUUUAACACAUUUUCUGGGUUUCAUAAGUGUUAAAAUAACAUUUUGAACUUAAAGAAAGUAAAAAUAAAUUAGUCCAUUAUGGCUUGGGGUUACUGGAGUGCAUCAACUGUUUCUGACCGAGGCAAGUCACCAAAACGACAAUCGUCAUCUUUGGGUUUUUAUAACCAUCAUGUACCGAUUUCCACCCCAGCUCCUCCAUCUACAUCGUAUUACCAACAUCAGUCCUUGCACAGCACUAGUAGUUUUGGUUCUAUAGAAGAUGAUGAUUAUCAUCAUACUUCCACAUUUUACCGUCGUCCUUCACUUGGAGAUAUAGAAUUCACAGGGCCUGGUUCAUUAUCUCUAUUGUUGAAUCAGGCUAUUCCUCCUUCUCGGCCCAGAACACCACCACCACGUCAUUUGUAUGCUCCUCCUACUUCACUAAGUUUGCCAGAUUCGUGUGGAUCAAAUAUGACUAUGCGACAAAACAUAAAUUGUUUUGGUUACCAAUCUACUCCUAUUGUACAACAUUAUCCUUGCAGUGUUCACGACCCAUCACCAUCUCCUUCUAUAUCUGAUGAUGAAGACCAUGUUUACGCCACAGGUAACAAAUACAAUGUUUUUCCUAAUGUUCCACCAGCACCAGGAAUGCCUUGUCAAGGAGAAGACCGUAGUAUAUACAGACGUGGAGCUAGAAGGUGGAGAAAACUAUAUCGAGUGAAUGGACAUAUUUUUCAACCAAAAAGGUUUAACAGGCGAGCAUUUUGUGCAUAUUGUCAUGAUCGAAUUUGGGGAUUAGGACGACAAGGAUUCAAAUGUAUUCAAUGCAAAUUGCUUAUCCACAAAAAAUGUCAUAAGCUUGGUAAAAAAACUUGCACUAAUGAUCCUAUAGUUAUUGAUGAUACCAAUGGUGACUCACAAACAUCUUUAAGUACACCUAGCUCUGAUACUGCUUUGCCAGAUUUAAAAGAAUAUUCUGAUCAAAAUUCUGUUAUUGAUCAAUCGGCCGAUUCUGUUCCCAUUGAAGAUCCACAAGCUAAAACAGGUGAUGAAGAGAUUGGAGUUUCACGUCAAUAUUCUAUUGCUGAUUUUGAACUGAUUAGGGUUAUUGGUCGUGGAAGUUAUGCUAAGGUGUUAAUGGUUGAACUCAAAAAAACAAAAUGUAUUUAUGCUAUGAAAGUUAUAAAAAAAGCACUUGUUACAGAUGAUGAAGAUAUUGAUUGGGUUCAAACAGAAAAACAUGUUUUUGAAACUGCCUCUAACCAUCCAUUUUUAGUGGGUCUCCAUUCUUGCUUCCAAACUGCCAGCCGUUUAUUUUUUGUGAUUGAAUUUGUUCGUGGAGGUGACUUAAUGUUUCAUAUGCAAAGGCAAAGACGUUUGCCUGAAGAACAUGCUAGAUUUUAUGCUGCAGAAAUAAGUUUAGCUUUGAAUUUUUUGCAUACUAAAGGUAUAAUAUAUCGAGAUUUAAAACUGGAUAAUGUACUACUUGAUCAUGAAGGCCAUAUAAAAUUGACGGAUUAUGGAAUGUGUAAAGAAGGAAUAAGGCCUGGAGAUACGACUUGUACAUUCUGCGGUACUCCAAAUUACAUUGCUCCAGAAAUUUUAAGAGGAGAAGAUUAUGGAUUUAGUGUUGAUUGGUGGGCUUUAGGAGUUCUUUUGUAUGAAAUGUUAGCUGGUAGAAGUCCAUUUGAUAUUGCCGGAGCAUCAGAAAAUCCUGAUCAAAAUACUGAAGACUAUCUAUUUCAAGUUAUUUUGGAAAAAACUAUACGUAUUCCAAGAUCACUCUCCGUUAAAGCAGCAUCAGUUUUGAAAGGAUUUUUAAAUAAGAAUCCUGUUGAUCGUUUAGGCUGUAAUCGAGACACAGGAUUCUAUGAUAUCAUAACUCAUCCAUUCUUUAAAUCUAUUGAUUGGGAAAUGUUAGAACAAAAGCAAGUUAGUCCUCCUUAUAAACCAAGAUUAGAUUCUGAUCGUGACCUUGCAAAUUUCCCACCAGAAUUUACGGAUGAACCUGUUCAUUUAACACCUGAUGAUCUACGUGUCAUCGAGAAAAUCGAUCAGUCCGAAUUCGAGGGUUUCGAAUACGUGAACCCGUUGCUCAUGUCACAAGAAGACAACGUGUGACACGAGGAGGACUGCGGCGAUUACGCCGCACCUCAUAAUAUGCAGCAUUACCAUCACGAAGCCGACUGUCCCUGUUCGACGACUAUCGACUCGCCCCCGGAUAAUGGCAGGCCGCCGUCUAGGGGAUGGUUCUGCUUACCACUCCGAUAAGUACACUACCCCUUAUAUUAAAAAAAAAAAAACCCAAAAAAUGUGAUUAUUAUAAUACUACAAAUCCGCCGACGACGACGGCCAUAUUUAUUUUAUAUAUUAUUAUAAUAAAUAUUUAAUUAUUUGAUUAUUAUUAUAAAUAGUUACUUGCGUGUCCGUCGCCGGCGUCGACGGUUUCUAAUGGCUCAACUUAUUCCGACGAUUUAUUAUUUUCGGUUUUAAUUCGUUUACAAAACCAAAUUCAAAAUCGUUUUUGUUCCUCUUCGAUUGUCACAUAUUACUCGCUUUAUUUUCCAUUAUACACAAUAUAAUAUACACAUAAUAUGUUAUAAUACGUAUGUAAUAUAUAUAAGAUGUAUAUGUUUCCGCAUCUUGUGUGUGUAUCGGAUACAACUUUGACCUUAAACCUCGUUCGUCUAUAACGCAUAUGUUUAAUAUAUUAUGCAAAAUAAAUAUCGCUAUCACUUUUGCAGUCUAUUGAUGAUGACGAAAUAAUAUGCGCUCUCACACCCACUCACUCACCUACUAACUCACUCGCCGACGACGGCCAAACAAAAAAAAUUAACUCGCCGAUUUAACGGACCGUAUAGCACGUACUAACAUUAUUAUUAUUAUUAUUACUAUAUUAUUAUUAUUAUUACUAUUUAUUAGUGUUAUUAUAUUUUUAUUCGUCGGGAGAAACUUGUACCCCACCGUUUACGCCUGCCGUGACCUUUGUCCACAUAAAAAUUUUGUUGAUGUGCUCAAGUCUCGUGAAUAAUAUGCCGGCUUUCAUUUUUUCCCCGACACACCCCUAAACACACGCAUUCGAAUACUGACUGAUCUACGCCGGUGUAAUGGAUUGUGAUUUAUAUAUUUUAAAGAUAUAAGAGGAAUGUAAAAUCACUUUUCGCAUCCUCCCCUUCGUUUUUGAUUUCAUAUAAAUUAUAAUCUCCAUUCAUUCUCGUUGUCAGUCGCUAAAUAUUGUGAAAAUCCAUCUUCCCGAACAGCGAAAUUCAUAAAUCAAAAUUGAUGACGAACGAUCAGGGUUCAGGUUUUAUUUUGCUACGCAUGACGACGCGUUUAUAUGGGUACAAUGUAUAAUAUUAUGCAAAUUGGUAUCCUCCAAUGCUCAAUGAUUAAUAGUAAUAAUAAUAAUAAUAAUAAAAAUAUAUUUAGAUGAUCUAAUUACAUUCCUUAUUUAAAUUUAAAAUCUAUAUAAAUGAUAAAUAUUUUAUACAUAGGUAUCGCACUCACAUAUUAUAAUAUUUUAUUAUUGUAUUAAUACAAUGCA